UGUGCCUUCCAAACUGUGCUUUAGAAUCUUCACCUUUGUCCCUCAGCACCUACGCAGGAAUCAAAAGGCCAAGAUGUCCAAGUCAGCUUUGCAGCAAUGCCUCCAGCUCUGGUUGUCCUUGUUGAUAGCAUCUCCCAUACAAGGCAAGGUGGUCGCCCAUCCCCAUGUGCAGGUCCCUGUGGAUCGUCCUGUCACACUGUCCUGCAAUCUCACACUGACGAGGGACGAAAAACUGAAGCAGGUGCGCUGGUUGGAUGGCCGCAAUGUCACCUUCCUCACUUACCUACCCCGGCAGCGACCCAGCAUCACAGACCCAGAGCACGUGGUCCUGACGACCGCAACCCGCGACUCCAGCGCCAUCACUAUUCGGAGGGCGGGGCCUAUAGACGAGGGCUGCUACACGUGCCAGUUUGACGUGUUCCCCACUGGAAUGCAGGAGGGACAGACCUGCCUCACACUCACAGCAACGCCGAGCUCAAAUGGCAACGUGACAGCAGUGAGCGGGAAGGCGGCCACACUGUCGUGUCGAUAUGGACUCCCCAAGAGGGUCCAGCAGGUGCUGUGGAUGAAAGCAGCAGCGCAGGGUGAACUCAGUGACGUGGCCUCCUUUGCCAAACGAGGGGAGCCCACGGUCUUGAACCCCCUGCGUGGCCGUGUCAGUAUCAGCCGCACCCUGGACGAGUCCCACCUGUCUAUCAAGCCUGUGAGGAUGGAGGAUGAAGGCUGUUACGUCUGCGAAUUCCAUGCCUACCCCGAAGGCAUCAAGAGCGCCUCAGCCUGCCUCACUGUUUAUGUGCUACCCAGACCACAGGUGAAUCACAAGACUGUGUCCGAUGGGGUUAUUGAAGCAAACUGCACAGCGCUGGCCCGGCCAGCCGCUGAAGUCGUGUGGAACGUGGAAGGGGACAACAGGACACUGGGCCCGCCUGCCAUCUCAUCCUUCAGACAGAGUGACGGGACCACGCUGGUUGUGAGCACACUGUCCCUGCGCACAGAAAUACUCCGGGACCAGUCGGUAAAGUGCCUGGUCCAUCACAGGGGCCUGGAGUCCGCUAUCUCGGUCUCCAUGAAUACCAAGAUUGGGAAAGCCCUCACCAUCCUCAUUGCCAUAACCAGCAUAGCAGCCAUAAUCCUCAUGUGCCUCUGUUUCUGCCUGUGGAAGUGUUUCCUGCAUAAGGGUGACUGAUCGCUGGAGCCAAGGUUAGUUAAACGGUGAAAAAGCCAAGUUCCAUCUGUCCCACGCUGAUGACGUUUCGGAGAAUCAUUGGCACUGCGGACCAACGUUUUCAUGGUUCCUCAGAAAAAGUACUAAGCUGUAAAGGACAAGUCCAUGGAUAUCACGCAAGGUGGAGGAAGAAUAAGCUAUGCUGUAAUCAAUGGAAUGGUAUUAUAUGACUUCAGACAAGACAGGUACUGAUGUGGUUCUCAAUGAAUAAUGGAAGAAGCAAGAUAAUUCUAGUAAGCUAUGUAUUCUGCUUUUGACAAGCUGGAUAUUAUGGUGAAAGAUCCAUCAUGAUACAGUGCUUUGCUCAAAGUAGUACCAUUUUAUUAUACUGUGGCUGGAGAUUUGUCACUGAGACUUUGUUUUGGGUUGCUGAAGUGAUACUUGUACUGGUCCAGGACCCACCGAGACCUGUUCAUAUUGGAUCAUCACUCCCUUAGUGGGGCUCCUUCACCUUCAAGAAAUGCUGAAAAUUGGUGGGGUUGACUUGCCUAAAGCGGAAAUGUUUUGGCAGACCAGGUGUGUUGCGCAGGCAGUGGCAAAGCUGCUGGUCUCGUCAAUACACGCAUCAUUUGCAGGUUCGAGUCCCAAAACAGUUACUGCUAUUACCCAUGAAGCAGGUUGUUGUCAUCUGAAAUUCUUCAUCAGAUGAUCCUGCUCUACAUGUAAUUUAAAGAUUGUAAAGUCUGUGCAUUGUCAUUGUCUACUUUGUGUCUAUUGUUGUUGUUGUUAUUGUUAAGUGCAGUUGAGUCACUGUCAUUUUUCGACAACCAAGUUGUUUUAACACACCCCACAAGUCUUUUUUGUCAGUACUGUCUAAUCUGUGGUUGCUUUUUCACCACAACUUCCUUUUGUAAUAUGACUCUCUCCAUCAUGACACAAAAGUCACAGCUGUUUUGGAACACAAGAAAUCACAGGUACAAGGGUCACAGUAAUAGUGGAACAUAGAUCUCUACUUUGUAACCCCAAACUCCUGCCUUUGUCUCUGAAAUAAUUCAAAGAUAUUAGAGGUGUAUUACUAUUUAAAAUUUCUUGACUUCUUAGCAGAAGUACUUCAAUUCUGUGAUUUUUAGGGCAAGGCUCGUGCAUUAAUGUAAAAAUGGUGUAAUUAAAUUAUAUUAACAGAUCCCACACUACAAGUGAAAUGUAUCACAUUUUAUGGCAGGGGUCUUAAUUUAUCACUGAAAAGCUGGUUAUAGUGACACGAAACAGUGUUUAUAACUUGAUGUUGGACUGACCACACAUUUUAUACUAGGGUGGUGCUGCUGAUACACCAUGUGAUUUUCUCGUAAUCAAGUUCUUCUUUUGCUGUUACUGCUGUGUCAGUUAAGACAGCCCCUGCAUGAGAUUAUACUAAAUAAAAUUGCAUAAUAACUUA